CAAAUGCUAAUAUUCUUCCAUUAACUGCUUCAAGGGGGGUAUUUGCUUCUUUGAACCUCUGAGGUCCUAGGCAGACACUUGGAAUCACAAUGCCGCGCCCCCCUCUGAGCCCAAGCGGAGGAGGCGGACGUGCUUGCGUGUGCACUCAGUAUAAAUAAGUCCCAGGAGGCGGCCACUGGGCACAACCGACAGCGGACCGCACGGGCCAUGGCUGGCGAAGACAACCAGUGGCAGGGCAGCAUCCUCUACAACAUGCUUAUGAGCGCGAAGCAACCUCAGGCGCCUCCUGAGGUGCCCAAGGCGCGGCUCGGGGUUCCGUGCUGGGGCUGCUCCUGCGGUGCUGAUCUCAGGGUUGACCGAAAGGAACUGCCAGGCGGGCGGGCCACCUCGCUCCUGUACCGCUGCUGCUUUUGUAGGGAAGAGCACCCAAGGCAGGGCAGUAUCCUCUACAACAUGCUCACCAGCGCAAAGCAGACCCAAGCGGCUCCCGAGGCGCCCAAAGCGCGGCUGGGAGUUCCGUGCUGGGGCUGCUCAUGCGGUUCUGAGUCCCGGGUGGGCAGAGAGGGGCUCCCAGGCGGACAGGUCAUUUCGCUCCUGUACCGCUGCUGCUUUUGUGGGGAAGAGCACCCAAGGCAGGGCAGCAUCUUAUACAGCUUGCUCACUAAUGCAAAGCAAACGCCUGUGGCUCCGGAGGCGUCCGAGGCACAGCCGGGAGGCUCGGGGUGGGAGUUCUCCUCCAGCGCUCAGAGGCUGAGAGAUGGAGAAGGGCUGCCUGGCGGACGGGACCCAGCGCUCCAGUACCACAACUACUUUUGUGGUGAAGACCAGCUGCAGCAGCUGCAGGAGGAGCGGCAGGAACAGCAACAGCAGCAGAGCAUCAUCCCGUACAGCAUGCUUACGAGCACGAAUCAAACCCCGGAGGCUCCCGAGGCGCGGCCAGCGGCCUCUUGGGUCACCUGGUGUGGCGCGCAGCAGCCGGUGGCCCUAAAGAAUCCACAGGUGGUCUGUGAGGCAGCCGCAGCUGGCCUGUUGAAGACGCUACGCUUCGUUAAGUAUUUGCCCUGCUUCCAGGUGCUAGUUCUUGAACAGCAGCUAGUGCUGUUGCGAGGUUGUUGGGCGUCUCUACUCAUGCUCGAGCUCGCCCAGGAUCGCUUGUACUUCGAGACGGCGGAGACUUCAGAGCCCAGCAGGCUGCAGAGGAGCCUCACCACCAGGCGGCGGGAGACCGAGGGCUUCGAGCCACUACUUCUGUCCACAUCGCAGCCAAAUUUGGCACCGCUGUCAGAAGCUGAGCAGUUGCCCUGGGUUACCACUGUUCGGGCCAUCAAGACCUUCCUUGCCAAGUGCUGGAGUCUGGAUAUCAGUACCAAAGAGUAUGCCUACCUCAAGGGGAUCAUGCUCUUUAACCCAGUCCUGCCAGGCCUGCAGUGCGUGAAGUACAUAGAGGGACUUCAGUGGGGAACUCAGCAGAUCCUCAGUGACCACGUCAAGAUGACGAACCAAGGGUAUCAGAACAGGUUCACAGAAUUGAAUAACACCCUUUUCCUGCUGAAAUUCAUCGAUGCCAAUGUCAUUGCUGAAUUGUUCUUCAGACCCAUCAUUGGCACAGUCAGCAUGGAUGAUAUGAUUUUGGAAAUGCUGUGUGCAAAGUUAUAAAGGCAUAAAUAUGGGGCCUCAUGAGUGCAGCUCACCAUGAAGGAAGGAUGAAGAGCUUUAGGCAGAAGAAUGUCAAUGUUGUGAAUAUGAACUUUCUUGUUAUUUUUACAUUAAUAGUAUUUUUAUAUUCAAUUGAAUAAAUAAUUUAGAUACAGAGAAUGGAAAAAA